AAAGGCCUUGCGCUCUUUUCUUUCUUCUUUAUCUCUCUCUCUCUCUCUUUUCUCGCGCUUUCCCUUUUCGCACUUUUUUCUAUAUAAAUAUUUGUAUUUUCCACCUGCAGCAAACAUCGGUAUCGAUUGCAUGUUCUCUCUCACUCUCUUCCUUCGAAUCGGAGCACAACAAAACACGAACUUUUGAUUCCUCUCUCACAUCCUUUCUCUCUCUCUCUCUCUCUCUCUCACGCUCUCUCUCUCUCACGCUCUCUCUCACGCUCUCUUCUCGCUCGCCCUCUUCCUGCACUCCUCGUUCUCCUAUCCAGUGCGCCGUUUAUCAUCAUCCUAGAGCCCCUCGGCGCUCUCUCAUCGAGAUCCCAUUGCAUUCCUUCUUCAUUCCUCUCUUCCUUUCAUCCAUCAACACUGCAACACCGCACAGUUGCAUCCAUCUGAUUCAAAUGCCCUGAACCACCAUUCGCCCUCUUCCUGAUCUCGACGCUCCAGGAUGAAUAAUCUCUUUCGCAACGACUUCAACAGCAGUAAUAACAGCAUCAACAGCGCUAACGUCAACAACAACAAUCAUUCUUCUCUUUCCUCCUCUUCCUCUUCUGUUCAGUUCAACAGCAAUACUAAUGGCAGUCCUAAUGGCAAUGGCACUAGUGGCGGCAACAGUUCCAAUGGCGCCAGCAAUAGCAGCUUUGGAACCACAUUUCGACCCCAGGAUGUGGAUUAUGGCGAGCAACAACCACAGCAGCAGCCAUACUCCUUCCAGCCAUUGAGGUUAUAUCAGCCUCCGUACCAGCAGCAACCGCAACAACCACAGCAGCAGCAGCAUCAGCAGCAUUCAUCCUACCACUCCUACCCCAAUCAGCCUUCAUAUCAACCACAGCAGCAGCAGCAACCCCCGCCACCAUAUAGUCAUGCCUCAUCCGAGAAUUAUCGUUCCCUCUCAGAUUCAUACACUAGCUAUGGCUCGCACGCCCCGCAUCGACCCCAGAGCGAGUACAUCAGUCAAGAGGGACCCACGCGAUCUCAUCGUCGCGGCGCGUCCUCCGAAUACAACCACCCUGUGCGCUUCAAUCCAAGCAGGAAUUACAGUACAGACUCUACCGAGUUAGGGACAUUUCUCUCCAAACCCAAGAUACCCGGACUUCCUUGCAUUGCCUGCACCAUGUCCAGAACCUCCUGCGACAGCGGUUCGCCCUGUCGGUCGUGCCUCAUAAGCAGAGUGCGCUGCCACUAUGAGGGUGACAAUAACACGCGCUUCUUUGGAAUUGAUGCGUUGCAAUUGGAUCCACCCUUUUCGUCGCAGCAGCAACAGCAGCAACAGCAGCAGCAACAGCAGCAACAGCAAUACCAGCAGCAACAAAACGACAAUCGCGACAAUCCUGAAAAUUAUCCAACACAGGCGGGCUCUGCAGAUUUCUCGCAUCCCUCGCGUUCGCGGUCUAGGUCUGAUUCGGGCUCUGCGUCAGGCUCUGUAUCAGGAUCAGGAUCGUCACUCGGCGCCAGGAAUAGCCAAGACCACCCUUACCCUCGAAUCUCGCCCCUAAUCCCCUCGCCCAUCACGCUUUCGGAUCAGUCACUCAUCUCGAUUCCUCCCUUCCAGGAGGUCACGCACCAGGACCGGCCCCAGCAUAUCAAAGUGACGCUACCUUCGAUCUCUUCCAUAGGCUCGUCCAUUGUGCCCCUGACCUCAGCCUCAUUGUCGUCCGUUUCUACACAAAAUUCGCCGUCGUCCACGACAAGCAAGACCACCACUUCAUCGUUGUCUUCGAAGACAUCACAGCCUAAUAGUGUGCACAGAGCGGUUCCACAAAAGUCUACAGUGAGCGCCCGAUCCUCGAGCGCCCGAUUCUCCCAGGACAGAGGUCAUCAGGUUCUCGUACGUCACAGCUGUCCAAUGAGAGUACAGGCUCCUCGCAAUCUGGAUCGGCUGUAGAUGCUGACCCAAUCGUGCGGCGGCAGCCUACCAAGAAGCAGAUGCAGCAACAGAUCCAGACCAUAAAGGAUCCUCUCUAUUCUCUUUCAAGCGCUAGCAUUCGUGCUCGCAAGAAUGCGCUUGAGAUGGAGAAUAUCCAGCGGGCAAGCCAUCUCUAUGCAGAUUAUAUUGCCAAGAUUAAGGUCGCCUUAGAGGCU